AUGAUUGAAAAAUUUGACGAUCAGUUAAUACUGCACUAUUUUAAUGAUUUUCACGACAAAGAAAAAGCAGAUUCCAUAUUUACGGAAUUGUGCGCUUAUCCAUUCCAGCCUUUAAACCUGAAUAUUUAUGGACGGCAAUACGUUCCAGCUCGACUUUGCUGCGCCUUCGGGGAUGAUGAUGGACUCACUUACAGUUUUUCGGGAACGUCGGUCGCCGCCCAGCCCUGGACUCCUACGCUGCAGCAAAUUAAAUAUGAAGUUGAAGCACUCACCCACGAAAAAUAUAAUUACGUUCUGCUCAACAAAUACCCUGACGGAGAAGCCAAGAUCUCCGCGCACAGAGACGCUGAAAGCGCGCUAGACCCUUCGUGCAGCAUUCCCACACUGAGUUACGGUUCGACGCGAGAGAUGCAUUUUAUGAGGGAGAAUUAUAUGACUCACAUUCUGAGUCUGGAACACGGAUCGCUUCUUGUGAUGAAACCCCUACGAACACAGUCUGGAAACACAGUAUCCCAACCCAACCCGAAGUGA